AUGGCUUCCGCAGAUGCAGGAGCGUCUUCCAUUUCGGUGACCGUUCGUGUCCGACCUUUUACGAUUAGAGAAGCAGCCCAGAUAACCAAAAGCGAUGAAGGUACACUAUUUCUGGGAGAUGGCUCCAUGGCAGGAGCUCCGACUCCUAAACUCGGUCAAAAAGGAAUACGCCCAGUCAUCAAAGUGCUAGACGACAAGUGCCUUAUAUUUGAUCCCCCAGAAGACGCACCUGUGACAAGGUUUACCAGAAAUGUCGCACCUAUGGGAAAGCGGGUAAAAGAUCAACAAUUCGCAUUCGACCGGGUGUUUGACGAAAAUACAACACAGGCCGAAGUCUAUGAAGCAACGACAAGAGGUCUGAUGGAUAGUGUAAUGGACGGAUAUAAUGCGACAGUAUUUGCGUACGGCGCAACUGGCUGUGGAAAGACACACACAAUUACGGGAACCGCUCAACAACCUGGUAUUAUCUUCUUGACCAUGCAAGAAUUAUUCGAAAAGAUUGCGGAGCGAAGUGACGAAAAGUCUACAGAGGUAUCCCUAUCCUACCUGGAAAUCUACAAUGAAACGAUUAGAGACUUGCUGGUACCAGGCGGAAGCAAACAAGGACUCAUGUUACGGGAAGAUGCGAAUCAAACUGUAUCAGUUGCUGGGUUGACUAGCCAUCAUCCUCGGGAUGUGCAAGAAGUCAUGGAUAUGAUUGUGCAGGGAAACGAAUAUCGAACCGUAUCACCCACGGCGGCAAAUGCAACUUCUUCGCGAUCUCACGCUGUCCUUCAAGUAAACGUAGCGCAAAAGGACCGCAACGCUGAUGUUAAUGAGCCGCACACUAUGGCGACAUUAAGUAUAAUUGAUUUGGCUGGCAGUGAACGUGCCAGUGCAACGAAAAACCGCGGAGAACGAUUGCUCGAGGGAGCCAAUAUCAACAAGUCACUACUAGCGCUUGGUGGUUGCAUUAAUGCUCUAUGUGAUCCUCGGAAAAAGAAUCAUGUUCCAUAUCGAAACUCGAAACUGACUCGGCUUCUAAAAUUCUCUCUAGGAGGAAACUGUAAGACGGUUAUGAUUGUGUGUGUUAGUCCUUCUAGUGCUCACUUCGACGAAACUCAAAACACUCUCCGAUACGCAAACAGAGCGAAGAAUAUCCAGACGAAAGUUACUCGAAAUGUUUAUAAUGUCAAUCGUCAUGUGAAGGAUUUCCUGGUCAAGAUUGACGAGCAAAGGGCAUUGAUCAACGAGUUGCAGGCCCAACAGAAGGAUGGGGAGGCUGCAGCAUUUGCGAAGUUCAAAAAGCAUAGCGAGAAAAGAGAUGUAAUUGCUAGGGAUGGCGUUAUUCGCAUACGGGCCGCUUACGAGAACUCAACUCAAGAGCGACAAGAGAAACUUACGAACAUGAAAAAGCUCCGCCAGAUCGAGCGACGUAUCUCAGUGCUCUCUUCGUGGGUGGCAGCGUUCGACUCCGUUUGUGAUUCACGCGAAGACGAAGAAAUGCCAUCUAGCCUUAGUGCUAUGCGCAAGACUGCCCAGGGGAUCAUUUUCGAGCUUGAGAACAGCCGGCAGCACUAUCAUCAAAGAUUGGAUAAGAUCAACUGGGAACGUGCAAUCGACUCGGCGUUACAGAACAGUGUUCGCCAAUUGACCGAAGUAGACGGGUCUAUUGAUGGUGUGGAAGCCGCCAGUUUGACAAGGGAGGCAGAGUUACUGAAGGCCAACGCUGGGAGGGAUGCAUUGAGAGAAGUAAUGGACCAAGAUAAGGCUGGUGAUGCAAGUAUCAUGCAAGUGCUACUGGCCGCUCAAUUCGAUAUAAUAUCUUCACUCAACGAUAUACUGAGUAUGAACGAAGAAGAUGCAGUUCAACACGCCAAAAGUGUACUCGGGCGGCUGCUACAAGCUUGCUCGUCCUCUGUAUCCCAUAUCAUCAAACCAGAUGGAUCACUAAAUGUGGCAGAGAAGUUUCCACCAACAAAACGCGGCACUCCAAAGCGGAAGAAAACCGCCCACGCCGUUGAUGGUCAAUCCAAGCCCAUGCCUAUGAUGCCAGCUCUUUCAGCAGUAGCGCCUCAAGUGUUCGCGUCGCCAAUGAAAGCAUCACCACGACGCAAAAAGGCCGGCCUGGGAAAGAAGGGAAUAUCCUUUACACCGAAGAAAAGAUCCCCAUCCAAGCACCGAAGUGUUAGAUGGCGUGACGACGACGAGGCAGGAGCUCUAGCUGACUUCGAAAAAACACCUCAAAAAAUAGCGAGCUCUCCAGAGGUAUCCUUAAUGGAGCAAAGCGUGGUCCUUCCUGCACUUCCAUCAUACUUGGCGGCGGAAAUUUCAAGCGAUGUGGAAGGCUCUUCUCCUGUGCCGGUUGCACCGCAAUCAUCUCUUGAUAUCAAGCCCAAAGCAAAUCGAUUUCAGGCGGGUUUCUUGUCCAAGAAAUCAGAUGGGUCUCCUCCACUUGCACCACCAAAGAUGACCCGACUCUCUUCAUCUGAUACGGAGCAAUCGCCACUGAGGAUGAUCAACGCGGACAAUGCUGCUAAUCGCUCAUCGUUAGCUAUCAUGCAAGCUGUAGCGUCCGCCGAAAGUGGCAACAACUCAUCUUCAGAGGGUGAAAACAGUUUUCAAAUGGACAGAUCAGAGAGUGCCAAAAUAGGUAGAGCCUUAAAGCGGGCGGGAUCAAUUUCUCGCGCGUCUAAUGAAGGCGUACUCAGAGCUCACCGUCGUCGAAGCCCAACUGCUGCCACCAUGGCAGGAUCUCCGCCCAAUGAAAAUAUGUUUACAGCUAGCCAUGCUCGUCGCAUGGUUAAAAGUGACAGGGAAGGCUCAUUCCAUUCAAGUGUGCUAAGUCCUCGAACCCAACCUAUUGUUAAGAGCAAUCGCAGAACAACAAUUGCUGAGCCUCGAAAUAUUUCAAACAGCUUAGGUUCCGGCGGAAUACGAGUUGCAAGUGGUACGCCGCGAUCACGAGAGAGUGUUACAGGUGUCAUGAGUAAAGGAGGGUGGCGCUAA